AAGAGGCCUGGACUUGAAUUUUAAAGUGGUGUGAUUCUCAGAACGUUGGGUGCAGCUGACUGCAGGAGGAAUCACAUGGUGCCUAAAACCGGCCCUUUGGCCUAUUCAGCCAGCCCCGCCCUCUCUCGAGCUGCAGGCCAGGCAGCCAGAGCGAGCAGAUGGCAGCUGAAGAGAGAGCCGGGAAAAGGCAGCUCUCCUUGGGCAAGGCCGCCUGCAUCCUCACCGGGGCAUCCCGGGGCUUCGGCCGGAGCCUGGCCCUGCUGCUGGCCCCGCGGCUGGAAACUGGCUCCGUCCUGAUCCCGGUGGCCCGAUCGCAGGGGGGCUUGGCCGAGCUGGAGGCUGAGCUGAGGGCCAGUUUCCCCAGCUUGAAAGUGCAUUCCGUGCAGGCUGAUCUGGGCACGGAGGACGGGCUACAGCUGGUGCUCCGAGCAGUCCAGGACAAGCUGCCGGGAGCAGCUGAUCUGGAGCGGCUCCUCGUCAUCAACAAUGCGGGAUCACUUGGAGACAUUUCCAAAUCCUUUCUGGAUUUCACCAGCCCAGCCGAAGUCAACAGCUACUUUGCCUUCAAUGUCACCUCGGCGCUCUGCCUCACAUCCUCCAUCCUGAAGGCCUUCCCGGGGCACCCUGGCUUGUGCAAGACUGUUGUGAACAUCUCCUCACUGUGUGCCCUGAAGCCCUUCAAGAGCUGGACGUUGUACUGCACUGGGAAGGCCUCGCGGGACAUGAUGUUCCAGGUGCUGGCCCUUGAAAACCCGGACGUCAGAGUGCUCAGCUAUGCCCCAGGGCCGCUGGACACGGAGAUGCAGCAGCUGGCCCGCACAACGUCCGGAGACCCGGACGUGCGCCAGCAGUUCCUCCGCAUGAAGCAGAGUGGGCAGCUGCUGGACUGCGGCGUGUCCGCCCAGAAGCUAGUGGCUCUGCUGCUGGAGGACACGUUCGCCUCUGGGGCACACGUAGACUUCUAUGAAAUCUAACCCGCCAGCCUGCUGCUCCCCCCCACGCCGCGGCGGCUGCUUCCGCAACUGAGCUGCCUAUGAAAUGCCCUCGGCUUUCAGAAGGGAAACCAGCUACGGGACUGUGACUCCCCUUUCAGAUAUGCACCGGGGGAGCGGACCGCCCACCGAGAGGGGCCUUGGCCGGGAGCGGUGGUAACGCUGGGGUUGCCGAGCCAGCACUCCCCGGACGGGUCACAGGCGCAGCAGCACGGGGUUGGGAGGCGGCGCAAACAGCGCGGUCACCCUGGCAACCGCCGCCCAGGGCGCCCCCCACUCCCAGCUGCCUGCCCGGCCCGGUAGCGCGUCUCCUCCGCCUACGUGGCUCGGGCCCCAGGCUACCCCCUCCCCCCGCCCCAUGUUGAGCAGCGGGCGGUGGAGGUUGUUGCCGCAGAUGUUACCGCGCAUGCUCAAAUGUCCGGCCCCGGUCGCAGCGAGGUGGCUCAUCCCCGGGGCGGGCUGAGGUGGGGCUACAACGGGCGAAGUGAGCAGGCCCAGGCCAGGGUCUCGGGCUUGGCGGCCGCCGGCGGCGCGGGGCAGGGCCCUCCCUGGGCGGCCCUGGCAAGGCCGCAGCCACCUGCAGCGGUGACCGCUGAGCCCCGCCCGCUGUCGCGUUACCUCGCCUCGGCCGAGCCGGGCCAGAGCGAGUAGUUGUUUAAACGGGCAAGUAAAAUGUCAUUGAUUAUCGGUGGUUAUUGGGUCAGUCAGCGCGGCAAAGGGGAGCAGGUGCGUUCUGUGGCGGGGCCGGGCCGGGGUUGCUGGUCUGGCUAACCCGGGCGCGUUCUUAGUAAGGUGGAAAGUUGACUGGCCAUUCCCGGGGCGUGAACUUGGUACAUCUUCGAAACACGAGGCACCCCAGGGCUCCAUGUUUGCAAGGGAAUACCCGCUAAAAGCUACACAUAUUGCAUAAGCGACAACUUGGGUUUCUUCUGGCUAAGCUGUUACCCUGUGCUUAGACUGUAUGUCGUUCAGAGUAGGGACUAUAUGUUAUGUUUGUACAGCACCUAGCCCACAAUGAAGCUAGAGCAUGUAGAUGCUUCGGCAAUACAAAUUUAAUAAGCAGAUUUAUCAUGGGGGGUGCUUGGUCUUCUGGCUUGAUGCCUUAUUCCUGGGAAAGUUGGUAUUACACCCAGAGGCUAUGAUUUUAAGUUUUUACAAACCAGAAUAAAAUUUUGAUAUUAUAUUGUGCUUCUCA